GGUGGAUGUGGAAAGAGAAGUUUGUAGAAUUGAAAUGGAGGUCAGAGCUUCAUUACAGAAGGUUAGUGGGUCAUCGGAUUCUGUGGCUACACUGAACAGUGAAGAAUUUGUUUUGGUUCCUCAGCAUGCAGAUACUUCUACAAAAGAUGAUGAAAAACCUGAACUGAAGAUAGUUUCUAAUGGUGAUGAACAAUUGGAAAAAGCCAUGGAAGAGAUUUUGAGAGAUUCUGAGAAAGGGCAAAACAGUCUUCUUGUUGAUUGUCAAAGUUCCACUGAGAUUUCAGACCAUUCAUUUGGAGAUGUUUCAGCCAGCCAAACAAAUAAGCCAUCUCUUCAGUUAAUUUUGGAUCCAUCAAAUACAGAAAUUUCUACACCCAGACUGUCUUCUCCAAGUGGAUUACCUGAAGAAGAUAGUGUUUUAUUUAACAAACUGACCUACUUAGGAUGUAUGAAGGUUUCUUCUCCACGUAAUGAAGUGGAGGCUCUACGGGCAAUGGCAACUAUGAAAUCUUCCAGUCAGCACCCCUUUCCUGUUACUCUGUAUGUGCCAAAUGUUCCAGAAGGUUCUGUGAGAAUUAUAGACCAAUCCAACAAUGUGGAGUUAGCUUCUUUUCCGAUCUAUAAGGUGUUAUUCUGUGCACGUGGACAUGAUGGGACAACAGAGAGCAAUUGCUUUGCAUUUACAGAGAGUUCCCAUGGUUCAGAAGAAUUUCAGAUACAUGUUUUCUCUUGUGAAAUUAAAGAGGCUGUAAGCAGAAUUUUAUAUAGUUUCUGCACAGCAUUCAAACGUUCUUCCAGACAAGUGUCUGAUGUUAAAGACUUGGUUAUUCCUACUCCUGACAGUGACGUGUUUACCUUCAGUGUCUCCUUGGAGGUAAAAGAAGAUGAUGGAAAAGGAAACUUUAGUCCUGUGCCUAAGGAUAGAGACAAAUUUUAUUUCAAAUUAAAACAAGGAAUAGAGAAGAAGAUUGUGAUUACAGUCCAGCAACUUUCUAACAAAGAAUUAGCUAUUGAAAGAUGUUUUGGAAUGUUAUUAAGCCCAGGUCGAAACGUGAAGAACAGUGACAUGCAUUUACUGGAUAUGGAAUCCAUGGGAAAGAGCUAUGAUGGGAGGGCUUAUGUUAUUACUGGCAUGUGGAACCCCAAUGUACCAAUAUUUCUGGCACUUAAUGAAGAAACCCCAAAAGAUAAACGAGUGUACAUGACUGUGGCGGUAGAUAUGGUCGUCACAGAGGUGGUGGAGCCCGUGCGCUUUCUUCUGGAGACGGUAGUACGUGUGUAUCCUGCGAAUGAGCGGUUUUGGUAUUUCAGCAGAAAGACUUUCACAGAGACUUUCUUCAUGAGGUUGAAACAGUCUGAGGGAAAAGGGCACACCAGUGCUGGAGAUGCAAUAUAUGAGGUAGUAAGUCUACAGCGACAGUCUGAGAAGGAGGAACCAGUCACUCCCACUAGUGGAGGGGGUCCAUUGUCACCACAGGAGGAUGAAGCAGAAGAGGAGAGUGAUAAUGAACUCUCAAGUGGAACAGGUGAUGUGUCUAAGGAUUGUCCUGAGAAGAUCCUGUAUUCUUGGGGAGAAUUGCUAGGAAGAUGGCACAAUAACCUUGGUGCACGACCGAAGGGGCUGUCCACUCUGGUGAAGAGUGGCGUCCCCGAAGCCCUGAGGGCAGAGGUGUGGCAGUUAUUAGCAGGCUGCCAUGACAACCAGGCAAUGCUGGAUAGAUACCGACUUCUUAUCACAAAGGACUCAGCCCAGGAGAGUGUUAUCACUCGAGAUAUUCAUCGUACAUUUCCUGCACAUGAUUACUUUAAAGAUACUGGAGGAGAUGGCCAGGAAUCACUCUACAAGAUCUGCAAGGCCUACUCUGUCUACGACGAAGACAUUGGGUACUGUCAAGGACAGUCUUUUCUGGCUGCUGUAUUACUGCUGCAU